CCAUCUACUAUGGAGGUGCUAGCGGCGGAGCUGGGAGCUUCAACGCCGGAGCAACUGGCGGCUCCCAUAAACACGGUGGAGGAAAAAUGGAGGCUACUUCCAGCAUUUCUGAAGGUGAAAGGACUUGUAAAGCAGCACAUAGACUCGUUCAAUUAUUUCAUCAACGUAGAGAUAAAGAAAAUCAUGAAAGCCAAUGAGAAAAUCACAAGUGAUGCUGACCCAAUGUGGUACUUAAAAUAUCUCAAUAUCUAUGUGGGUACUCCAGAUGUUGAAGAAAGCUUUAAUGUAACAAGACCGGUUUCUCCUCACGAGUGUCGCCUGAGAGAUAUGACUUAUUCUGCCCCAAUUACAGUGGACAUUGAAUACACUCGAGGUAGCCAGAGAAUUAUUCGCAAUGCACUACCUGUUGGCAGAAUGCCAAUAAUGCUGCGCAGCUCGAAUUGCGUCCUUACGGGGAAAACUCCUGCUGAAUUCGGCAAGCUUAAUGAAUGUCCUUUAGAUCCAGGUGGUUACUUCAUUGUCAAAGGUGUGGAAAAGGUAAUUCUUAUUCAAGAGCAGUUAUCCAAAAACAGGAUAAUUGUAGAAGCUGACAGAAAAGGGACAGUUGGUGCUUCAGUUACCAGCUCCACUCAUGAGAAGAAGAGCAGAACUAAUAUAACUGUGAAGCAGGGGAGGUUCUACCUGAAGCACAACACCCUCUCAGAAGAUAUUCCCAUUGCCAUUAUCUUUAAGGCCAUGGGUGUCGAGAGUGACCAAGAGAUUGUGCAGAUGAUUGGUACGGAGGAGCACGUGAUGGCUGCCUUUGCCCCCAGCUUGGAAGAGUGCCAGAAAGCUCAGAUUUUCACACAGAUGCAGGCAUUGAAGUAUUUGGGAAAUAAGGUACGAAGGCAGAGGAUGUGGGGAGGACCCAAGAAGACCAAGAUGGAAGAAGCGAGGGAGCUGCUGGCAGCAACCAUCCUUGCCCAUGUCCCCGUGAAAGAAUUCAAUUUCCGCUCCAAGUGCAUUUAUACAGCUGUGAUGGUCCGCAGGGUGAUUCUAGCCCAAGGUGACAAUAAAGUAGAUGACAGAGACUAUUAUGGUAAUAAGCGACUGGAGUUGGCGGGACAGCUUCUUUCCCUCCUCUUUGAAGACUUGUUCAAAAAGUUUAACUCUGAGUUGAAGAAGAUUGCUGAUCAAGUAAUUCCCAAGCAAAGAGCGGCCCAGUUUGAUGUAGUUAAGCACAUGCGGCAAGAUCAGAUCACCAAUGGUAUGGUGAAUGCUAUCUCUACUGGAAACUGGUCACUGAAGAGAUUCAAGAUGGAUCGCCAGGGUGUGACUCAAGUGUUGUCCCGCUUGUCAUAUAUAUCUGCACUGGGAAUGAUGACGAGAAUCUCUUCUCAGUUUGAGAAGACAAGGAAAGUGAGCGGCCCUCGAUCUCUGCAGCCGUCUCAGUGGGGCAUGCUGUGUCCAUCCGACACUCCCGAAGGAGAGGCUUGCGGAUUGGUUAAAAACCUAGCUCUGAUGACUCACAUUACUACUGAUAUGGAAGAUGGCCCUAUUAUUAAAUUAGCUGGUAACCUGGGAGUAGAAGACGUAAAUCUUCUCUGCGGGGAAGAACUUUCAUAUCCCAAUGUCUUUCUUGUUUUCCUUAACGGCAACAUCCUUGGUGUCAUUCAGGAUCACCAGAAACUGGUCAACACAUUUCGGCUGAUGCGUAGAGCAGGCUACAUCAAUGAAUUUGUUUCAAUCUCCACAAAUCUGGCAGACAGAUGUGUCUACAUCUCUUCUGAUGGAGGCAGGUUGUGCAGACCCUACAUUAUUGUAAAGAAGCAAAAACCUGCUGUUACAGACAAGCAUAUGGAAGAACUUGCACAGGGUUACAGGAACUUUGAAGACUUUUUACAUGAGAGUCUGGUUGAAUAUUUGGAUGUGAACGAGGAAAAUGAUUGCAACAUUGCACUGUAUGAACAUACAAUCACUAAAGCGACAACACAUUUGGAGAUUGAACCUUUCACCCUUCUUGGUGUCUGUGCUGGCCUUAUUCCAUACCCUCACCAUAACCAGUCCCCAAGAAACACUUACCAGUGUGCUAUGGGGAAGCAAGCCAUGGGUACCAUUGGAUAUAAUCAAAGGAACAGAAUAGAUACUCUUAUGUAUCUGUUGGCAUAUCCGCAAAGACCAAUGGUCAAGACAAAAACCAUAGAGCUGAUAGAAUUUGAGAAACUGCCUGCCGGACAGAAUGCCACUGUUGCUGUGAUGAGUUACAGUGGUUAUGAUAUUGAGGAUGCUCUUGUUUUAAAUAAAGCUUCUUUAGACAGAGGUUUUGGAAGGUGUCUUGUGUACAAGAAUGCUAAGUGUACUCUCAAGCGUUACACAAACCAGACAUUCGACAAGGUGAUGGGGCCCAUGCUGGAUGCAGCUACACACAAACCGAUUUGGCGCCAUGAAAUUUUAGAUGCUGAUGGGAUUUGCUCUCCGGGUGAAAAGGUAGAAAACAAGCAGGUGCUUGUGAAUAAAUCAAUGCCGACGGUGACCCAGACCCCUCUGGAAGGCAGCAGCGUACCGCAGCAGCCACAGUAUAAAGAUGUGCCAGUCACUUACAAGGGUGCAACUGAUUCAUACAUUGAGAAAGUCAUGAUAUCUUCAAAUGCAGAGGAUGCAUUCUUGAUCAAAAUAUUGCUACGGCAAACUAGGCGUCCUGAAAUUGGAGACAAAUUUAGCAGUCGUCAUGGGCAAAAAGGGGUUUGUGGCCUGAUUGUGCCUCAAGAAGACAUGCCAUUUUGUGAUACAGGAAUCUGCCCCGAUAUUAUCAUGAAUCCCCAUGGCUUCCCAUCACGUAUGACGGUGGGAAAACUAAUUGAACUUCUGGCAGGAAAAGCUGGUGUCUUAGAUGGUAAAUUUCACUAUGGAACAGCAUUUGGAGGCAGUAAAGUUAAGGAUGUGUGUGAAGAUCUCAUUCGCCACGGCUAUAACUACUUAGGAAAGGACUAUGUAACAUCUGGCAUUACCGGGGAGCCCUUAGAAGCCUAUAUCUAUUUUGGGCCAGUGUAUUAUCAGAAGCUGAAGCACAUGGUGUUGGAUAAGAUGCAUGCCAGAGCUCGAGGACCAAGGGCAGUCCUUACCAGGCAACCUACAGAAGGCCGAUCUCGUGAUGGUGGCUUACGUCUGGGAGAAAUGGAACGGGAUUGCUUGAUAGGCUAUGGAGCCAGCAUGCUCUUGCUGGAGAGACUUAUGAUUUCAAGUGACGCGUUUGAAGUGGAUGUGUGUGGCCAGUGUGGACUGCUGGGAUAUUCUGGCUGGUGCCACUAUUGCAAGUCUUCAUGUCACGUGUCCUCCCUGCGCAUACCGUAUGCCUGUAAACUCUUAUUCCAAGAACUUCAAUCUAUGAACAUUAUUCCCAGAUUAAAACUGGCCAAGUACAACGAGUAA